CUUUAUUAUGAGAUGUAAUGUAAUACAACUUUUUCUCUUUCUCUCUCUUGUUAUUUUCUCUCAUCUUUAUUCUUUGUUGGAAACUCAUUCCAAAUAUUUUUUCUAAUUUUUUUUUCAAAUAAUAUUUUUUUCUUUUAAUUCCUCUGCAGUACCACCACUUCACUUCUGUGUUUUUAGCAACGCUUCCACAAAACAUGUAACUGGUUUCAGUUCACUUUUUUAAGCUUGUGUUUGUGAAUUGGUGUGUCAAUGGAUUGGAUGAUUCAUAGGAAAUAGAAGAAAGAGAAAAAGAGGGAGAGAUGAAAGAGGAGUCUACCGGAUUAAUCAUUGGUAUUUCCAUUGGUGUUGUAAUUGGAGUUGUGUUAGCAAUUUCUGCAUUGAUCUGUUUUAGAUAUCAUAGGAAGCGUUCGCAGAUAGGGAAUAGUAGUUCUCGGAGGGCGGCUACGAUACCGAUUCGCGCGAAUGGUGCUGAUUCUUGUACUAUUCUAUCAGAUUCAACCUUAGGUCCUGAUUCGCCUGCAAGGUCGGGACGAAAUGGCACGAAUUUCUGGCUUGAUGGAUUCAAGAAAAGUAACAUGGUUCCUGCAUCUGGAAUACUUGAAUAUUCAUACAAGGAUUUGCAAAAGGCAACAUAUAAUUUUACAACACUCAUAGGACAAGGUGCAUUUGGUCCUGUAUAUAAAGCUCAGAUGUCUACUGGUGAGACUGUUGCAGUUAAAGUUCUUGCAACCAAUUCUAAACAAGGGGAGAAAGAAUUUCACACAGAGGUUAUGUUGUUGGGAAGGUUACACCAUAGAAACCUUGUCAAUUUGGUUGGAUAUUGUGCAGAAAAGGGACAAAAUAUGCUUAUUUAUGUCUACAUGAGUCAAGGCAGCUUGGCUUCCCACUUGUACAGUGAAGAGAAUGGGACACUAGGCUGGGAUAUGAGAGUUCAUGUAGCUUUAGAUGUAGCAAGAGGCUUGGAGUAUCUUCAUGAUGGGGCAGUUCCUCCUGUCAUCCAUCGCGACAUCAAAUCUUCUAAUAUUCUCUUGGAUCAUUCCAUGCGUGCCCGGGUUGCUGAUUUUGGACUUUCAAGAGAAGAGAUGGUGGAUAAACAUGCAGCUAUUCGUGGUACCUUUGGCUAUCUUGAUCCUGAGUAUAUAUCUUCAGGGACAUUCACCAAGAAAAGUGAUGUAUACAGUUUUGGAGUGUUGCUCUUUGAACUUAUAGCCGGCAGAAACCCUCAGCAGGGUCUUAUGGAACAUGUUGAACUUGCAGCAAUGAACAGUGAAGGAAAAGUUGGUUGGGAGGAGAUUGUUGAUUCUAAACUUGAAGGAAAAUGUGAUUUCCAAGAGCUGAAUGAAGUGGCAGCACUUGCAUACAGAUGCAUCAACCGUGCGCCGAGGAAGCGUCCUUCGAUGAGAGACAUCGUGCAAGUACUGACUCGGAUCCUUAAAGUAAGGCAUCAAAGGAAUCAUCAUAAAAAAUCGCUUUCGGCCACAGCGGAUGAAGUUGCAAUUGAUGUUGAUCAAACAGAAGAAAAUAAGGCUUAUGUUAUUGAACACAAAAGAGAUGAAUCUAUAGAUAGUGCAGCUGACAUGUAUGAUUUGUAACAAAAUUGUUUUACAUUUUUAGUUCCUUUUUUUGGCUUUGAAUAUGAUAUGAUUUUAAUUUUUAACUAGACAUUAGGCUUGAGUGAUUUAAUGAUGCCUGACAUUUAUUUUUUUCUUGCCUUAGUUCUGUUAUCUUGCAGAACAGACACCACAAAAUUUGUAUAUGAUUACUUUCAUGAAUGAAAUUGAUGUGAAAAAAAAAAUAAAAAA